AUGGCCGACGAAGCGAUUAAAUCUAGCAGCCAUAAUGUCAUUCAAUUUGAUCGUGAGAGAUUCUGUUUUAUGGUUGCCAAAAGCAUUAAUCAACGCGAUGGCCGAUUAAAUCAGGCAUUUCAUUUACGUUGCUCCCAUGUAAUCGCAGCAUGUGCCAGUAUACGACAGGACCAUAACAUGCACAUACCAUAUAUUUUCAAGGUUUUGAGUGUAUUCAAAGUCUACAAUGAAAGCUUCCUUGGACUUCCACACCAGCAAAAUUGGCCAACAUAUGAAGGAUUCACUCUUUGCCACGACGAGACAAUGCGAAAGAAUAAGAAAGGGCAUCCAAAUAGUACAAGAAUUACAACUGAAAUGGACGAUUUUGAGAAAGAAAAGAAAAGAUGUGGAUUAUGUCGAGAAAUUGGUCAUAUGCGUAGAAAAUGUCCGAACAUGGUAGACCCGUCAAAUCGGCCCGUCUAA